AUGUCAAUGCACAAUCCUGAUUCCCAUUUGGGCAACAAAGGCACUGCCGGGGACUUGUCCGGAUCACCACAUGCAGACCCGCCGGCGAUUCAUUUCCAACCACAGUUUGGCUAUGUUGCAUACACGUGCCAACCGUUGAAUUCCCCUGAAUCGUUUGAACUGUUACCUCCAAAUAUUCAAAUGGACUCACCCUUCCUGCAUUCCAACUGUCUUGAGGAGCGAGCUGAUGACUAUUCGAGGGAAUCCUGUGGAAUGCGUGAAACGUUGUCGUAUGGUAAUCCGAAAGAUCUUCAAGAAGCACGCAGUACGUUCAACCUUAAGCAGAUCAAUGUUGCUAAUUAA